CUGCAGCGGCGGCCCGGGCGCCGCACUGGGGCCGGAUUCGGGCCAUGCUGGGCCGGCGGCGCGUCUUCGCCAUGGAGCCACUGGGCGGCCAGGAUGGGGCUGGCGAGGAUCUGGCACAUGGUUGUGUAGUGCCUGGAGUCAUCAGCACCUACAGGAAGAUCCCAGAUGUGGCUCCAGUUUGCUCAUCAGACUCCUGGAAGAGGCACGACCAGCUGAGAGGUCCCCAGGGGCAGGCACCGCUUCUCAAACUGGCCUCCCAGGACUCAGGAGUGGAGAUGGCAGUUGGGGACAGCUCCCCGGCCACCUCACCUGACUUUUCUCAAGACUCUCUGAACUUUGAGCCCCUGGGGAACUCUGAGUCCCUAGCCCUUGGUGCCCUGGAGCCUCCUGCCCACCUAAGCCGGCUUCUAGCCAGCCGUAAGCUGGAGCAGGUGCUGGAGCGCUCCCACCAGCUCUCAGUUCCCCCUACCAGCUUAUCUCAACACUGCCACUCCCCAAAGCUGUCGCCUAAGUGUGAAAUGCCCCAUUCUGAAGCAAGAGGACCGGAGGCCACAGAGGCAGAGAGUGAUUUAGAGGAUGGCCUGGAACAAGCAGAGGUGGUGGAGGACUUGGGGCCUGCGGCCUGCUCAGGCCUUCCGGGGCAGGGUCUUCGCUAUCUGGAGCACCUGUGCGUGGUGCUGGAGCAGGUGGCAAAUCUACAGCAGCUCUGUCUGCAGCUGCAGACUCAGAGGGGCCCUGGGGAUCCUGAAGAGGAGGCGCAGACAACCCUGGCGUCUUCACCUCUGCCUUCUUAUGCCCCAGCCAGUGAGGUGCGCGGGCCGUGGGAACGGCUCAGCCAGACAGAGGAGACAGGAGCAAGAACAGCUUCACCCCCAAAGGUAGGGGCGCCCAGUGCCAGCCCUCCCAGGCUGUCAGAGGCCCUGGCAGAGCCAGCUCACACCUUCUCAUCCUCCCAGGAACACAAGGGGGAUCACUCCCAUUGGAACAAAGUCAAGGUUCUGCUCAACCGGAUCAGGUGGGGCAGCCCUCGACCUGCUGAACUUGCCACCUCUGCCGAUGGCCCUGUCCCCAGGAUUGCAUCAAGGGACCUCCCUGAAAGGCAUCUGGGCCAUCCCCUCCAGAAGACCUUUAUGCCAUCAUUAGUGGUUAAGAAGAAACAAGACAAAAACCUCUCUGUACACUGAGACCUCCUGGUGCAGGGGUCUGACCCCGAUGGGGCGAGUGCAGUGAAGUCUCCUUGCCGUCUGCCCUGAUGCUGCUUCUGGGCACUGCCAGAAAAAGCUGUGGAUGCUCUGUCUUCUCUCUGAACUCAGGCAAGGGCUGAGUCCUUCUCCUCUGAGCAGCCAAGGAGCCCUGGGUCCCUGAGAGGCCCCAAAGUGCAGCAGCUCUGGGGCUCCUUCUUGAUUGCCAAAAAUCCCUGGGCUUAGGCAGUGUGAACCUCACUGAUUCAUGGGGAAUCCAUGGGGCGUGUCAGGCACAGUGGUAUAUCGGCACCCAGUGUGGCUGUGGGUCUGUGGGACUGUCAGUGUGGUGAACGGAUUGGAUCCAGCUGGCUGUCUGGAAUCAUGCCCUCAUGGUGAGGUAACCACAGGACGAUGGACGUGGCCUUCACUCCUGAGUGGACAGUUACUGAUCUGGAGUCCUAUCUUCUUCCUCAUACUCAAGUGGGCAGCCCUAGAACAGAGAACGGUACUCUUGGCUGCCUCUGCCUUGAAUCUUGCCUGAAGACUGCACCAGGGAUGGGAGGGUCAAGUACAACACAAGGAACAGCAGAGUAAUCUUCAAGGUCUACUCUCUGCUGCUUUACUGCUUAUAUCAUGGCUGAAACCAGAGGCCCAAAUUAGCAUUUAGACCUUGACAAAAUCGCUUAACUUUUCUGAGCCACAGAUGCCCACUUAAUCUCCCAAAUAGUAUAACGAUGCCUGCCUUGCCUACCUCACAGACUUGUUCUGAGGAUAAAGUGAAAUUAAGCUGCCUCAAAAUGCUUGCUGCUGCUAAGUCACUUCAGUCGUGUCUCUGUGUGACCCCAAAGAUGGCAGCCCACCAGGCUCCCCUGUCCAUGGGAUUUUCCAGGCAAGAGUACUGGAGUGGGGUGCCAUUGCCUUCUGAAUGUUAGAUGAAUAGGAAAGGGGGUUGGAGGGAGGCUAGACUGGAGGGAUGAUGAGAAAGUCAGAGGAUAAGGGGGAAUUGGGGUUGCUAAUUGGGGCUAAAAUGGCCAGUGAUUAGUGGCGAGACUUGGAACGAGUCAUUUGAGUCUCUCACAUAUCACAUCUGGGAAUUAGAACACUAACACCUGACCUGCUCAUUCCCCAAGAGUUGAUGUGAGGACUAAAGAAAACGACUGUGAGAAUUCUUUGUAAAUGUAUACCUAAAUAUUGUGAAGGUUUAUCUUACCAUAUCACCUGUGUUGACUGAAAAAAUACACACAACCUAAGAGACCUUUAUUCCCUGGGAAUUUUUAGGACUUCAGGCCUUGGAGUCAGCAUUUCCUCAGAGAACUCUUUCUAAGGAGGUGAGGUGAGGAGUCAGGUUAUAUAAAAGUCUGCAGCAGGGGAUGGGGGUCUGAACAAAAGUUUAUUGUUAAUUAAGGAAAACCGAGUAUCUCAAAUCAAGAAAUUUAGCACUCUUCUAAGU